CCAAAUCGUCGCACCCGUUUCGCACUUACCACCCUCUGCUUUCCUCCCAAUCACACAGCCGCGCCUCUCUCUUCUCCGUCUCACUCUUGUCCCCCACGCCCCCGCUUCUGGGAAGCGGCCUUCUGAACCUUCUCUCCGGCUAGGGUUCCGGCUCCGACGGCGGCGAGGAUGUGUGCCGCGCGGCCGCGGAGGUGAGGCGGCGGACGUGGUGGGAUAAGGAUUGGUGUUGGUAUUGGGAUUGGAGGAAGGGGGUGGCGGUGGUCGGGAUGGACCCGGACUUCUCCCGGGCGAGCGGCGGCCCGAGCUUCGAGUUCGCCUUCAACUCGGUCAACUUCUCCGACCGGGUCCUGCGGAUCGAGAUCGUCGCCGGGGACGACGCGCCGGGGGCCAAGGGCGCCGCGGGCGAGGGGUGCUCGUCCAUCGCCGACUGGGCGCGCCACCGCAAGCGCCGCAGGGAGGACCUCCGCCGCGACAAAGGUGGGGAAGGUUGGCCUACGUCUCGUCAUCAUUUCGAAUGUGGAAAGUAUAUGUCAGAACCAGCAAACAUCAAAAUUGAAGCAGAUGAACGUGAUACCUAUGAGGAAACCAACGAGGAGCCUGUAGCUAUGAUAGAAGAAUCUCCACCUGAUAUUGGACAAGAUGGUGAGGAUGGAGAAAGCAGUGACUCAUCCUGGAAUAUGGAGUGCAAUCAGGUUUUGAGAGUGAAGUCUAUAUAUAUCAGCUCUGCGAUUCUAGCUGCAAAAAGUCCCUUCUUUUACAAGCUUUUCUCAAAUGGCAUGAAAGAAUCCGACCAGAGGCAUGCAACUCUUAGAAUAACUGCUUCAGAGGAAAGUGCCCUUAUGGAGCUUUUAAGUUUUAUUUACAGUGGAAAGUUGACGACCAAUCAGCCAACCCUUCUGCUUGAUAUCUUGAUGAUGUCUGACAAAUUUGAAGUUGUUUCUUGCAUGAGACACUGCAGUCAACUACUAAGAAGCUUACCUAUGACCACAGAAUCUGCACUUCUCUAUCUAGAUCUGCCUUCCAGCAUUUCAAUGGCUGCAGCAGUUCAGCCACUGACUGAUGCUGCCAAGGAAUUCCUCGCCAACAAAUACAAGGAUUUGACUAAGUUUCAGGAUGAAGUGAUGAACAUCCCCCUUGCUGGGAUUGAAGCCAUCUUAUGUAGUAAUGACCUUCAGGUGGCAUCAGAGGACGCAGUCUAUGACUUCGUGAUCAAAUGGGCUCGUGCUCAAUACUCAAGAACGGAAGAAAGACGUGAAGUCUUGGGGACUCGUUUGCUGCCACUUGUUAGGUUUUCUCAUAUGACCUGCAGGAAGUUGCGGAAGGUCCUUGCAUGCAGUGAUUUGGAUAAUGAGCAAGCAACUAAAAGUGUCACUGAUGCACUCCUGUACAAAGCUGAUGCACCACAUCGACAGCGCGCCCUUGCUACAGAUGUGUUGACCUCUAGGAAAUAUACUGAACGAGCUUACAAAUAUCGCCCACUUAAGGUGGUGGAAUUUGACCGACCGUAUCCUCAAUGCAUAGCAUACUUGGAUCUGAAGCGCGAGGAGUGUGGCCGACUAUUCCCAUCUGGGCGGAUUUACUCGCAAGCAUUCCAUCUUGCUGGACAGGGAUUCUUCCUCUCAGCACAUUGCAACAUGGAUCAGCAAAGCGCUUUCCACUGCUUUGGUCUCUUCUUGGGGAUGCAAGAGAAAGGCUCAACGAGUGUUACCGUGGACUACGAGUUUGCUGCAAGGACAAGGCCAUCGGGUGAGUUUGUCAGUAAGUACAAGGGCUGCUACACCUUCACUGGUGGAAAGGCGGUUGGCUACCGCAAUCUCUUCGCAAUUCCCUGGCCGUCGUUUAUGGCUGAUGAUAGCCUCUUCUUCAUCAAUGGGGUACUACAUCUGAGAGCAGAAUUGACCAUAAAGCAACUCUAGUUGGUGCUUGGCGCACUACUAACCUCAUCUGUCCUUGCUCACACCUCAGUUCGUGCAACGAUGGGCCUCAGUGUGGAAAAUCUUGUGUCAUUCGAACAUGUUAUUACUCUGUGCCAAAAUAGACACUUCUGAAAUGAGAAGCCAAAUCCUUUGUUUUACAUAAAAAGAGGACUGUCAUGUUAUGCAUUUAGUUUUGAACUUUGGAAACUGAAGAUUUGACACCGAGAAUCAAAGUUACAUUCUGAACA